GUUUUCAUAGUUUGCACCGUACGGAGCACAGUUGUCUUUCCCCUCCGAGUCGCCUUGGUGCCAUCGUCCCACGCCGGUCAACAGAAAAAUGGGGUCAAUACAGGAACAGGCGCCGAUUGACAUAGCCAUUGUUGGAGGAGGAAUCGGCGGGCUUGCGCUGUCAAUUGGACUCCAACAGCACAGCCAUGUGCGAGUCAAAAUCUACGAGGCUGCUUCUAAGUUCUCCGAGAUUGGUGCUGGCGUAUUUUUUGGUGCCAAUUCCAUUCGUGCCAUGACCCUCAUCCAUCCUGCCAUCGGAGAAGCCUUCGCCAAAAUCUCCACCAGUGCCGGUUGGGAAUCAAAGAGAGACACAUAUUUUGAUUUUAUAUUGGCCCAUGAGCUUCAUGGCUUGCCCACUGGAAGCCACAUUAUAUCCCCCCAGGUCACUGCGUCCGAGCGCCACACCACAGCUCACCGUGCACAUUUUGUCGACAAGCUCAUCAAACUCGUACCUGAUAGAACCGUCGAGUUUGGCAAGCGAUUGGCGGACAUCUCGCGGGAUGAGGGCGGAGGGAAAACAAUCAUGAGGUUUGCCGAUGGAAGCACUGCUGAAGCGGAUGCAGUGAUUGGAUGCGAUGGGAUUCGAUCCGUAUGUCGAGACUUCGUGCUGGGAAAGAAUGAUCCUCUCUCGCAGCCUGUAUUCACGGGGAAGCAUGCGUAUCGCGGUUUGAUACCCAUGGACAAAGCUAUUGCCGCGAUCGGAGCAGAGAAAGCCCAGAACCGCUUCAUGUUCCUAGGUGUAGGUGGCCAUGUCCUCGUUUUCCCCGUGGCGGAGGGCCAGGUGAUGAAUGUGGUUGCGUUUAGCACAACUAAAAGUGGUACUUGGGAAGGGGAGUGGGUCAAGCCCAUGAAACGGGAAGAUAUGGAUGCUGAUUUCGAAGGCUUUGGAGAGGAAUGCCAGAAGAUAUUCUCCUUGAUGGAGAGCACCGAUCACUGGGGUAUCUUCGACCUCUCCCCCGACAUCCCAACCUUCUCCUCGCGCCCCCUUCAUCUCCUACUGUUGGGCGAUAGCGCACACGCCUGCGCGCCUCAUCAAGGCGCCGGCGCUGGUCAAGCCCUGGAAGAUGCACACAUUCUCUCACACUUACUCGGCGCCUGUCACUCCCCUUCCGACCUCCUCGCUGCGUUCGCCGCGUAUGAGAGCGUGCGCAUGCCACGGACGAAGUUUGUCCAGAAAUAUGGCCGACUGCAAGGAGAGCUAUUAGAUUUGCAGAGACCAGAUGUAGGAGAUGAUUUGGAGAAGCUGAAGGCAAUUAUUGAUGUCCCGAUUAGAGAGAUUUGGAACUGUGAUUUAGAUGCCGAGUUAGAGAAGGCAAAGGUGGUGAUGCGGAAGAAAUUAGACGAGUGUGUUUGAAGCAAGCUGAGUUAGACGUCUAGGAGUAGAAAGCCAAUGC